UAACCUAGAAUUGCUCUUCGUUCAGCGUCCCAGUACUGCCUUGGACCACCACCACCUUGGAAGCUUGUUUUGCUCCGAUCUGCCUCCUAGCUCCCUGGCUUCAUAACAAUAUGCGGACGGCAAGGAGCGCUGCGAGCAUUCGAACGACUGCAAGUGACUAUCGAUGUCCCAACUGUGUUUGUUCGUUCUGCCGUCCUCCCGAAUCGAACGCAGUUAUUUCUGCACAGAACAAGAUAUUCCUGAGGUCCAACGCAGCACCUGCCGAUGCACAGAUUGUCCACAUUCAAGAUGCUAGAAACAGAAUGUCGAAGAGACUGGACGCGCUUGAGGAGCAGAUCCACGCAUAUAUGUCCACUUUGUUCGCUCUUCAGAAAGAGAAGACAAAAAUGGAGACCGCGCUGAAAGGUUAUAAGCUCAUAUUGAGUCCCGCUCGUCGGAUGCCAGUCGAGCUUUGGUACAACAUAUUUCAAAUGUGCAAGAGCGACGCGACGGACUCUAGUUCGUCUUCUUUGAGCGCAGCCGUUGUCCCGUGGUCAUUGGUACAGGUAUGCAGUCUGUGGAGGGCUAUAGUUAAUGACAUGCCUCAAUUAUGGACCGACGUUGGGAUCAAUUUGGAUCGCAUCGGCGGGACUGGCGCUACGUCUUUGCAUCAAGCCAAAUAUCUGCUCCAGGAGCAACUCCAACGAUCGAAACCUCUUCCGAUCUCAGUGUCAGUGGAUGCUUCAACCUUGACGAUCUUUAAGCUGGGCUCCUCUCUCUUGUCCAUCAUACAGUCCAACUUAUCCCGCUGACGGUCACUCGCUCUCUACCUCCCUGUCGCGGCAUUGAAUAUCUUCGCCGACGUUGUAACAGUUAAUCCAUGUUAUUUCGAGAGGGUCAGCCUCUUCAUAAAGGGGCUGGGGGACGCUUAUUCGCUUCUCACCUGGCACCCCUUCUCCCUAAAUCUUGUCAGCAUCUCUAUCGGAGGUAUUGAAUUACACAAUGCGACAUGGCGUCUCCCUUGGGCACAACU